CACGUGUGCACCUAUGCCGUCGGUUCUGUGCUAGGAACCGACGGCAUAGGGUCUCCCCUCUAUAACCCUCUGCAUCGUCUUCUUCUUCCUCACUUCUUCUUCUCCAGCCUACCCAGCCACUUACAGCAGAGAGAAACCCACGAAAAACCCACGAAAACCCUCGCCAACCACCUCUAAAAACCCACAUAUCUCUCUCAUUUCUUCACCAUUUCACCUCAUUUUUGUCUUAAAAGUUUCUAUUUUCAAUAUCUAAUCCCAUACACUAAAAAAGUUUUGUUUUUUCACCCAUUUACACUGUACCCGAACCUAUUUUAAAAAAAGGUGGUGGUUUAACUCCGACCACCGCUUUUAGCGGAGAAAUCGUUCAAUCUCAACGUUCAUUAAGGUAUAAAUAUGAAUUCUGUUCAUUUUAUUAAUGUACAUUGGUAUUAUUUCGUUUUUGUAAAUUUUUUUUAGGAUUUUUUCAUUUUAUUAAUAUUAUAUUGUGUGUGCUAUAGGUGGCCGGAUUUUUGGUCGCAAUUUGUCGCCGGAUUGCGUUUAUAAGGUAAAUAUUUAUUUACUUGAUAUAUAAUAUAUAUGUAUAUAUUUUGUAUUUUAUUAUUGAAUAUGUGUUUAUAUAUAUGUUGUGUGUAUAUAUAUUGUGUAUAUACUAUUUGUGUAUUUUGUGUAUUUGUAUUGUAUAUAUAUUUGUUGUGAAUGAGAAUGAGAGGUAGUAGGAAUUUAAUUAGUUUAGAGUUAAAGUUUUUAAAAUUAUGGUAGUGUGAUAUUUAGUUGAUUAUAUAUGUAUAUAUAUAUGUAUAUGUUAUUUUUAAAAAAAAUUAUGGAAAUUAGUAACUAGUAACUUGCUACUUUGUUUAAUAACUAGUAAGUAAUUUAAUAAUUAAAAUUUUAAUUUGGUUGUAUAUUGCAUUAUGUUAUAGGUUGUGUGCUAAUAUUUGAGAGUCGAUCGACAUAUUUCGGUGUUGAUCGGAUUUGCAAUAGAUAUGGCCAACUCGAGUUCGGGAUCUGAUUCAGACCCAGAGGCAGAGUGUCCAACCACAAUACCUACACGAGGGCCGACGCAAAUGAAUGAAAUAUCCAAACUAAUGGAUCAGGGGAAAAGAGUGGCCCUCGAAGUUAAUGAUAAAGGUCAAUACUGUGGAAAAAGCUAUGCGAAGCUCGUAUCCACUCUAGGAGUCAGAUGUCGGCAGACAAUAGGGUUGGCUUAUAAAAAUUGGAAAGAAGUCAACCCGACUCUGAAAAAUAAAGUUUGGAAAGACAUUCAGACGGGGUUCAUUGUGCCGGACACCUUCAAACAUGAUUGUCUCAUCCUAGCUGGGAAGUUAAUGAAAGACUUCAAGAAUAGGAUGACAAAAGACAUCAUAAUGCCCGCGUUGAAAGAGAAUGAUCUGGGACGACUGGCACAAGUCCCUGAAAAGCACCCCGAGAUCGACGCUGCUGAUUGGUGCAAAUUUGUUGAAAGUCGACUAACUCCUGAAUUUCUGGAAUUGAGUAAGGUGCAACGUGAACGUUCCUCAAAAAUUCAAUCCAGACAUCGAAGUGGUCGGAGUGGAAUGGUGAACGUACGGGAAGUUGUGAAAAAGGACCUCGAAGUUGCAGAUCCCCCCCGCCACCGUGUUUGGAUUAAAUCUCGCACCAAGAGUAGAAAACUUGUCACUGAUUACGACAAGGAAAUUGCAGAGAAGAUAGCUCAAUUAGAAGAGAAGCUUAGUCAGGGACAAAUUCAGGUCCAGGGCCAAAACGAUAUCCUGACGCAGGCGCUCGGGACACCAGAGCAUCCUGGACGUGUCAGGGCUGCUGGGUUCCUGACCAGGGCAUCUCAACUGUUCGGCAGGAAGAAAAGGGAAGUGUCUGAUGUUGUGGCUCGGCAAGCGAAGGAGAUUGAAAAAUUGAAAGCCGAAGUCCAAUCCCUUAAGCAGCAGAGGAACGCUGCCGAACAAGAGGAAGAAGGAGAGGUGGCUGGUGAGGCGUAUGUUCCACAACCAUACGCUCCUCAGGAUGAGGUACAACCACAAAUUUAUGCUGAGGAGUUUAUUUCCCUCAACGACCAAGGUAUCCUAUACAAUUAUGAUGACCAUGCGGCCCUUAAUCAGCAAGUACAUCUCUGCUCUGACAACAUCGACAAUAUUGUGGCCCGAGGGUAUUUGUACGAGCAUGUGGGUACGAUCAAAGUUCACUGCCAGGAUUACGAUGAUUCACAUGCCCGGAUCAUGGUUUCGGAAAUCCUGCAAGAGGACGCUGAAAUCCCAGUCCCAAUUGAAGAGUGCAGAUAUGUUAGGGACGUAUACCAGAUGUUCCUUCCUUGGCCUAAACACUUAAUUUUAACAACCGAGGGUCCACUCGCUCAACCGCCCUCAAGACGUGAUGCGUCAAAGGGGAAAGCUCCGAUGCUUUCUCCACAAGGCCGUGGUGCACGGGAAGAUGACUUGUUCACGGAAGAGAAGAUGGCGUUGAUCCCUAAUUCGCUAAAAUGGAUGAUUCAUGAAUUCCUAAGGCUCAAAGAUAAACGUGAUAUAAUCACAAUUCCUGUCCCCCGAGGAUUCAUUGCACCGCGUACCCAGAUCACGUUAUCUGGAGAGGAUUUGCAGCAGGUUGCUACGUGUGACUACAUCGGCAACCAGGGAAUGCUGUUUGGAAUGAUGCACAUAUGGGAGAGCAUCAACGGUCUGAGAAAAAUUUUCAAGUUUUACGACCCAGAGCUUCUCACAGUGCAUGGGAUCAACGAUGAAGAACAGAGUCAGUCUUUUGACGAUGCGGCAAGACGAUUGGCUAAUUGGUUAUCAUUAAUGAACAACAACCACCAAAUGUUCUUUAUUCCUUGGAAUAUCGGGAUGCAUUGGACGCUAGUGGUGGUUGCGCCAAGGAAAAUUAUCCAUUUAAACACUGUAAAAGGCUGCCCAAUUCCCGAAGUAAUAGAACAAAUGAUCGGAAGGUAAUAAUUUAAUGACUUCUUAUGUAACGACUUUAAAUUAACUAACGAAUUGAAAUGCUAAUAUA